AUGUCACUGAAGUUGCGUCCUUUCGGAAGGAGUGAGGUGAGAAACAGAUCUAGCAAAUUCCAGUCCGUCCACGUGUAAAGACGAGUCCUUCUCAGUCAGUGCGCAUGCAUUUUUCUUUAAAGAUGGAAAUCAUAGAUUUUCGCUGGAUUAGUCAUCUGUAAUUGUAGAGAAGUCAGGUAAUUGACCGAUUCGGAGUAAUUUUCCGAGCUGUCAAAGUUUGACAGCCGCUGAGGGUAACAACUUACAUCUCGUAAUGAAGCACUAGGUAGAAGGCGCAAUACAAACAUAUCAGUAUAUUUUAACCAUGACAUUUUUGGAUAGAAAGUUUUAGUUCUUGAAUUGAUCGCGGAUUAUUUUAAAAUACCUUAAACGUUAGCUUUUACGACUUUUCGUGUCGCAAUUGACAAAUCUCAAAUCGUGCGAGACUCCGUUCGUUUUAUAAGGUAAAUUUCCUAAAUAUUUCUUAUGGUUAAUUUGUAAUCUUUUUAUGAAGUAGGUGUUUUACACCGGGUUAAUCAGAGGGGGGAUGCUUAUUGAAUAGAGGCCUGUCGCUAUGAAUGAAUUCUGCCUGGAAAUUGCAAGCAGUAUUCCACAUGUAAUAUUGUUGAGGUAGGAAAGUUGACCAGUCGAAGUGACACUAUGGUAACCUCGUGGAUACACUGCGCAGAAUAUGAUUAGAACAUUAAGAGAUUGCACUGAAAGCCAAUGGCCCCGUGAUUCCAAGAAAGGAAAUUGAGCUGUCCUCCCCAAGAGUCCUUUCCAAUUGAUUUGACAGUCAGUUAUUGAUGCAUGCUCUCCCCAAACUCCUAAAGCUUUGCUUGUGCCACAAAUCUAAAGUAGGAUCUAACUGAGUCAACCAUUAUGUCUGGUGGGUUAACAUGCUCGUGAUUAUUGUGUGUUUUCCCAUUCAUACAGAAUUAAUUGUUGAACAAAAAAAAAUUCUAUAAUUUAUUUCCUUGAGUUGUUUGCAAAUGAUUAUUUUUUAUCAUUAUAGAAUUCUUGGGCUAGUCCAAAUGGAGAUUUCAGGUCAAGCCAACCACAGUAAGGAAGAUUUCAAAUACAUCUGCAAUGGGCAGUUACAGUGAAACAAAGGGCUCUAGAGCUUAAUAUUAAUUAUGAGAAAAAUAGAAAAGUAGGUUUCACAUGGCAAUAAAAAUUGGGGAAUUGUCAAGCUACUAUUCAAGAUUGUUUGGCUAAAUUCCUGAUGGCCUGAGCUAUUUUUUUAACUCUUUACUCCUUAACAUCACUAUCUUUAUUCUCUAUACUUUUAUUUAUAAAUUUCCUUUGGUUCUGAAAAGGAGAAUUUGUUGAACAAUCAAAGCUUCUUUAGUUGGCAAUGAUUUCUUUAGUUUUCAUUGUCUUAAUGAUUGAUUUUGUAGUAUUAUACUGUAAUGAGAAAUUACAUGGUGGUUACUUUAAGGUUUAAAACUGUUCUUCACACUUGGGAGAUAUUCUCUUGGCACUUAACACCACUCUCUUGCUACCUCAUUUCUUUAUGCAGACCUUGCUAAAUGAAAAGGCAUGAGAAUUGUGAAGUCUGACUUCUUUGACAACUUUGAAUCUGUACAUUAUGACUUCAGCAUACUACAACCAAAAUGAAAUCAGAAUUUGAAACUUCUAUGAGCUGCAUGCUUUUAUACCAGAUGCACAUUCUGAAUAAGUAUUUAUAUGGUUUAUUUAUAUUCAAUAUAUAGCUUGUAACUUCUUUAUUGUCUUUUGUCUUUGUGAUCCUUUAUCACUGAAGUCCAAAAUCACCAGUCAGUCCAAUGAACCCUUGGUCUAGUAACAACAAUGUAAUGCCAGGAAAGUUCAAACAAAGAAGAGGAAGCUCUUUUGAAGGUGGAUCAAUUUAUUGUUUUUAUUAAGUGCCUAUUUGAUCUGAGAAUUAUCAACUCAACUACGAUCACAAGUGACAUUGAUGAAAGGCAAAUAAUGCAAUUUUUUUCCAUUUCAUUUCAAUUGUGAUAUGGUUUGGAAGAUCUUUUCUCCAUGUUUUAGAGGAGUAGUGUGGGCAUAUUGUAUUUGGUAAAAGAUCAGAUCUCAUUCAGGAUGCAGACAUCAGCACUUUAACUCACUACAGGUGGUCAGUUUCAGAGUCAAUGGAUUCAAUUCCUUUCAUAUUUGAGUUUAUAUUUUUUCUUGCAGACAGUGUUGAUGUUCCCCCUUUGACUCCUAAAGAAGAGAGUGGUGCAUUAACUGAGGUACUGUACACCAAGAAGUUCUUUAAGGGAUUGUAUCUCUAUCCCUUUGCAAAGUUGUCAGGGAGACUUGAUGAUUUCUUAAUCAACAACUUUGGGUUUGUGCUGCCUCCUAAUCCUUGGAUUUCAUAUAUCACUGUUCCUCUCUACAGACAGGAUUAUUGAUUGAACAAUGUAGUGGCAUCUCUGUUGUAAUAGUAUUGAAAGGCAUGGUGCCUCAUAGUAUGUGAACUGGCCUCUCAAGCCAUCUAGUGGUCCUCGAGCAAGAAACAAUGGUUUUCUUUCCCAUUGCCUCUGACCACCCAGGAGUACCUGUAUAUUUUGUUAUCUUGCAAGCUGUCAUAGAAACCUGAGAAAUAUUGGGUGUAGCUAACCUGUUAUGGUUAGCAUUUUGCCCACUCUGCAAUGCUGCAUGUUAUACAAGGCAGGAUAAGCCCAAACAGCUUUGCUUAUAACAACUUAUAACCUUUAGACUACUGUUAUUGUAAUUACAGGGUUAUAGGGCUGUGGUGCUUUUAGAGUGUGGCAGAAAAAAACCUAAGUGGUUUUGUUUAAGUGAAUUAAAAAUGAUAUCAGUUUGUUGUUCAUUUCUCAGGAGCCAGUUUUCAUAACCCAUGUGGAGAGUCCUGUUAGAUUUUGGGCACAGGUAUUAAAUACAAAAGACAAUUCUGCUAAAAGUACUAAACAUUUGAACCUGACUAGAAUUUGACAUCUUGUCAUGAGGUUGUAUACAGUGUAUAUAUCUUCUAAUCAGGAUGUUCAUCUUAAUAUGACAUAAAUGUAGUGUGAUGUUUUGAUGAGGAUUUCUCACUAGCUUAAUUUUAUUUUUCAUCAUAAAAAGAUUAUGGUAUUAUUUAAGUUAAUGAAGAACAUGAAACAACUUUAAAGAAAUUAUUGCUUUCAGGAUGCAAAACCUGGCCAUAGGUCAAGGUAUUUUUUCCAGGUCUACAACCUCAUUGUCUGUAUAUUUUAAAAUAGUAAAUUGUAAAUUUUAAUAUCUACUUAAAAACAUCUUUGCAUGAACAUAAAUGGGAUUGAAGAAUUCACAACAAGAAGUGACAGUCAUAAGUACAAAGAGAAGUAAAAAAGUUUUUGGUGAUUUGCCAGCUCAAAUCUGUAAACAUUUUAGCUUAUCAUGAGCCCAGAUCAUCCUGGCUUUGGUAUCGUUAGAUGUGUAGAUCCUGACCAUUUUUUGGAAAGUGGUGAUGAUAAAACCUGAACCAGCUGCUCUACUUUUUUCCCCUUAUUUUUGGUAAUCAUCAUUUUGAUUCCUGUAAAAUACAUUCCUCCCUAGAUAAGAUUAUGAAAAAGUACUAUCCAUUUUAUUUGCAUCUGGUAUGGAGAAACACAUGAAAUCUCAACAUGUACUUGCAUCUUUCAAACAUUUUUUCUUUCAGGCAGUGGAAGCUGAGACAGCUCAUGUGAUUGAGAAGAUGACCAGUGACCUUCAGAUUUACUGUAGAAACAAGCCUUUGCUACAAUCCACGCCACAUAUUGGCAAGGUAAACAUUGUGCUAACCCAGAUAGGUGUUAAUCAGGAGUUUUAUAAAUAACUUUUGCCUCUACAAUAAAUAGCACUUAAGAAAUCAUAGGAAACUUGUUUUCAAUAGAAUAAUGCAUCAUGAUUCAGAUUUGAUCAAAUGCUGGUGUUGUGAUUGAGAAAUACUUCUAUCAAAUCAUCCUUGAAUAAAACCCAACAUGUGAGGGAAAAUUAUUGAUAAGUGCUGUGUGUAGAAGGUGGUGAUUACAACUACAGGUGGGGUACAACUUUGUCUUUAUCAGCCCUGGAAACUAAUUUUCCUACUUGAGAUGUCUUCUCUGAAAUUGCUAUGGCUUUGCUUAUCUCCAUUUUGAUUCUUUGAUUCUUGAACUCAGAUCAUCUUCCGGUCUGUGACAUUGAAAUCUUUUGCAAAUUUGUCAUUUUCCAGUUGCAAACCUGGUUUUGUGAGUCCUUUCUGGUGAAAAUUAUUUCCAAGUUGUUGCUGGCCGAAUGAUAAAGUCAACAUUUUAUUUUUCUCUGGUCCUACUUGUACCUCUAACUAGUGUUAUCAUUUAGAUUUAUGGUGGAGUUUACCUGGAGGAUCAACAGUGGUAUCGCUGCCGGGUCAAGGAGCUUAUUGAAGAUGAUAAGGUAUCAUGUUCUGUUUACCAUAAAAAGCGAAAUAUAACUUCGUAAUUUGUCUACAUUGAUCAAAAGGGCUCAGUUGUCUUUGAUCUUCAUUAAUUAAACUAAUCACAAUAAGUUAGUUCUUACUUGUUCAGAGGCUAGAGUUACUAAACUCAAUAGAAUAAAUAAAUCCACAUAGGGUAAAACUGAAACUUAGCAAGUACUGUAGUUCCUGUAACUUCUGCUUCUGUUGUCAAAAGCAUGAAUGUCUAUCACUGUCUCUGAUGACAGUGUCUCCUUUUGAGGACUACUGUCACCAGUUAAGUGAACAGGAUCAAAAGAUUUGUCUGCUUUACACUUAGUUUAGAAAGUAACUACAGGCUGUAGUGACAGGUCUGAUGUGCGUUUUGAUUUCUUGCAUGCAUACAUGGUUGCAUACAUGUACCUUGUCAAGUGCUUUCAUGCAUGUGCUCCAUGCUGUUUGAUAGUUAAUAAUAAACAAAGUUUGACUCUUUUUCAGUUUUUUGCUAAAAGCACAUGUUGGUGAAAAAACGUUUUUUAAAUUGAAAUUGUUUUCAGGUCAAGGUACAUUUUGUAGAUUUUGGUAACACUGAAGUUAUAAGUCUGCGGAGUAUUGUAUUCCUGUCACAUGAUUUUCUCUCACCGGCUCCAUUUGCCCAGCUGUAUUGCCUUUAUGGUGUGGCAGUAACUAGUGAAGAACUUUUAGUUGAGGUACAUUUUAAUUUAGAUCACUGUUUUCAACUUUUAAACAUUUUAUACAAUAUUACGAAGUUAGUCUUUUUCAUUUGGGUUUUAGUUUCUACAAGAACCUGAAUUUAAGCAGUUUAUGUUUUGUCAAAGAGAGCCAAGCGAAAUCCAUGAAUGCUUUUAUUGUUUUAUCGCAUGCUAUCUGCAAAAUUAAUUUCUCCCUCUUUACAAAUCAAAUGUGAAAGUUCAAUCAAUUGUUUAACUUGAUCACUUGUUUUACUGUGUCUGUGGUUGCCUGUAGGCAUGAUUUUCUUAAAAGUUUUCUUCGUUUCUCUCUCUUUGUUUGAAUAAUCUAUUGUGUUUACCUUCCUUUUGGUUUCAAAGACAGUUUGAAAAUGCCUUGUUUUAAAAUUUUUGAAAGUGUUUCCUUUUUUGCAGGGCUCAAACAUGCUACAUAAUCUUACCAAUGGCAAGUUCCUAACCAUACAAUUGAAAGAACCAAGAAGGGCUUUAGAUGGUAUGCUUAUCAGAUAAUUUCAAAUUUUAAAUAUUCUUCCCAAGGGUUUCAAAAUUUACCUGUGUAUAAAAUGUCCAUUUUUUUAAAAAAUCUUGAAGAUGUAUAUUGUCUAUUAUCUGUAUUUGGUUAAAGCCAUUGGUUUUUACUCCAUUUGUUGUGUUUCUCUCCUUCCCCUCAGUGGCCUGUGCAGUAGAACUGAGAGAUGAUUCUGAAGGGGGAAUUGGAAAUAUCGCCGAAGAGUUGAUUAGGCAUGGGCUUGUUAUUUCAACUUUUGCUGAACAGGUACUAUAAAAUUGUGCGUGUGCUGAAAUGUAGGUAUUGUCUGUAGAGUUCUAUUUCAGAAGUUGGCUUAAUAACCUAAUCUGCUUAUUCUUGAGGUCUUUUGUCACACACACAUCAAUGUUACCUCAAAAUAUAGUCAAGAAGAUUUAUGUACAUGUAGGAAAACCGUUAAUUUUUUUCUUCUUUUUUCUCUUAGGAUGGUCCACCUCCAUUAUCUCCAAGGUAGAAAUCACUUACAGUUAGCAUAAGUCUGGAUUUUGUUGCUCACAGUCUGAUGCUGAUUCCCUUUUUGUAAUAAUUCUCAUCAUGAAAUCUGUUACAAUACACAGAACCUCACUCAGUGAAGCCAUAAGUAAGGAAAUGGAGGAAUUGACCAAAGAAAAUCAGUUGUUGAGAAAUCGUAUCAAAGUGUAUAAAGUAAGCUUUGAUUCUAUAUCUUUUGCUGUUCACUUAUUGUUUAUUUUGGUAAUUGUUUGCUAUGUGAUCAUUUAAAGGUUUGCUCAUGAUAUAGUCUCCAUCAAUAAUUGGAGUGUAUAUUUAUUUAGUUUUGUUUGUUUCUUAAAAGGAGGGUGAAAAAGCUGUUGAUGAAUUACGAAAAUAUUAUUCUGCUCAAGCAGCCAAACACAAGGAAAAUAUGGAACAAGCUGUCAGCCAUAAGGUUUGAGUUUCACAAAAUUAUCGACAAAUGUGGUUAUGAGAAAUCUAUAGUAGCUGAUUCAAUGAUGUUGGCUGUAGGUAAGAUUUCUUUUCUGUUAAUCAACUUAAAGCAGAUUUGAAUUACAAGUCCACUACUUUUACAAAUUGUGGAUAUGUAUAACCUUAAUUUACAUGCAUCUGACAGGCUUAUGGUCAAAUUAAAGUUUAUUUCUUAGAAUGGUUUGACUUCUGAAAUAAUCUUCAAAAGACACCUAAAUACUUUACACUAAGCUGAUGCAAUGUUUCAUUAAUUUUCUGGUAGGUGUUAGAUUUGGUAGGCAAAGUCCAUGAUCUUAAAGCAAUGAGGUAAGAAGCAAGGAUCACAGAAAGGGUGAUGUAUGUUUUGAUGAGUUUCUCUUCUUUGUCAUGGAAUUUCUAGUUAUUUUUGCAGAGAUGCUGCUCCAGCUAAUGGAAAGACUUCAGAGCUGAUCAAGGAAACAAUAGUUUUGACAAGAAAUGACAGGAUUCAUUUGAAGAAUUUAAAGUCUUUGCAACAGGUAUAAAGAAAUUGACACGGAUUGAUUAUCUGGAGAAACACAGCUACAUGUAAGCAAGCUUUAUAUAUGAAACCCUUUCUAAUGUCCAAUUUGGGUUACCUGUUGUGAUUCUUCAAAUCUUUAGGUUCAGGAGUUAGAAAAGAAUCUUCAACAAGCACAAGAUGAUUUGCGGCACUGUGAAGACAAGGUAAAAAGCACAUUGUUCGCGAAGUUGGCAAAUGGGGCAUGUGAAAACUGUCAGAUAAUAAGAUUGAACGCUGAAGCCUCUGAUGCAAGUUCAUUUUAAAUAUCAUGGAUUAUUUGGUCUCUUCCCAUAAAGCUUAACAAAAUGGCAUGAACACAUUCACGACAUUUUCCAGUUCAGUUCACAAUGGAGAACUUUGAAAAUAACAAUCAUCAUACAUAUGCAACUUCACACAUGAUAUAACAUUGACAUCAAUAUUCUGAUCUCAUCAGUGUGGAACUAUAUUAGCCUCUGUAGACUUAUUUGGUUUUGUAUUGGUGGGCUGUAGGAGAAACUGUUUUCAGCUGACUUGAUACCCAAGAGGGAUGAAGUAAGGCAGAUGUUUGUUGAUAGCAUUGAUCUGUUUUGUAAAGAAGUGGACUUGCUACCUCUUCAACAAAGAGAAAAAUGUUUACAGGUAAUGAGACCAUUGGAUUGCAAUUUAUUUUAUGUUGUUGAAUUGGAUUAUUUUCUGGAAGGAAACAUUGAAGUAUUUUACAUUCAUUUUUUUUUCUUUCAGGAUGCACUGGUUCAGCUUCAAGACCGAGGAGGUAUUAACAGUUUGCCCCAAAGUGUGAAAAAUUUUUAUUAUUAUUCAAUCCCUAGGAUAUUGAGCAGUUGAAAUACCAUACUUAAUUAUAUUUCUCAGUUAAUACAUUUACUAUUAUUGUUCAAUUUAGCAGGCCAUAUUUCAGUGUAAAGCUGAUGAAAAUUAAAAAGGUUGUUUUAGUUGCCAAAUGAGCUGUAAUCUCUUAUGGAUAUCUUCUAACCCCCUUUUUUUAGUCUAUACUUUAAGUUACAGAACCUUGUUUUUUCCACAUUCUGGCCAUAAACUUUCAGUAAAGACCUCAGACUUAGUUAAGAAAAGAUAUUUAAUACACAUUUAGAGUUUGCUUGAUAUUAAAGAACUCAAUCAAGAGAUACAGUUGCAAGAAUAUUGCAAAGGUUGCUCAAAAAGGUUUUCCCACAAGUGUACCCAUGAGGAAAGACUCCCAUGGAUAACCUGAUGUAAAAUUUUUGAUUAAAAGAUGAAACUAAGAAAUGUUGAAUUUAUAACUUUCCAGACAGCUCCAAUACAAAGUGUGAUCUAGCUGUAGAAGAGGCUGUGAAAGCUUAUGAGGAUUGGGUGGUAUGUAUUGAUAAAACCUGCAUUUAAGUAUCAUUUAAUUAUAAUACCCCGGUGAUUAUAAUCUCAGGCCAUGGUUUCUUUGAUUGGUGUCAAUCAGAUAAACUUACCAAUAGUUUUUAAUAUUUCUACUGAGAUCAUUGUGUACUUUGAGUGGAGAGGAGCAAGACACUUCACUCACUAUAUGCCUCUGUCUCUACUAAGGGAUCUGAAUAGGUACCAGCAAAAUGUCAGGGAAACUUGAAGAAUUGCAGAGGGGCAUGGGGUGGGGGAGGGGGGGAUUAAAAAGUUACGGAUUGGGUGUGGCAUCCCAUUUUGAGGAAGUAGAAACACUCCCAGUCUGGUAAUGCAUGCCAUAGAGAUUGUGAUACGCUUGCCUUUGAUCUUUAUUUGCCUGUCACUAAAGUUGAGUGUGGACCUUAUGUUGUUUGUUUGUUUGUUUUUCUAACUCUUAUUUCCUUUAAUUAAAUUAGCAUAAUGGAGAUCUAGAAGUCUAUUGCAUAUUUGCUUGAAUACAAAACUCCCUUGAAGUUUAUACGUUAGAGUGUUGAGUAAUUCUGCAUUCCAUCACAGGAGAGAACCCAUCAAGAUAUGGCAGAUGUAAGACAGAAAGUCAACCAAUGUACAGAUGACCUUGUAACAGCAUUGUCCAAUCUACAGUCGGUAAGUUGGGUUGAACAUGAUGAAUGCACCCCUAGUUUUUAGGGAUUCUGAUAUUCUAGAAAAAUAUGGCAAUCUGGACUUUUUUCAGCAAGUUGUAUUCAUGAUUUUUCUAUUCAUUUAAUUUGUGUUAAUAGGCUCUGGUAGUAUUACAAAAGAGCAGUGAAGCUGUCAGUACCUCCCUUAUGUUUGAUGACAUGGAUACAUUGAUCAAUGCUUUGACUUCAGCAAUUCAUGAAGAAAUGGACAAGUCUAAGGUACCAUAACUAUUGUCAGUUUUAAUUACUGAUAAGUUAAUUACUUCAAUCUACUAUCUUUGUCAAAAUUGUUAUGGACUUCCUAACAAUGUUAGCAACAGUAAACAAUGCUGGAGCAGUAGGCACAUACCUUCGAAUUUUUUUUUUUUUUCACAGUAGAUUUUUGGGAAAAAAGUGAAACAUUUAACAGUGGCUAAAUUCAAGGGAACUUUGAAAUUGAUUUACAUGUUUAGGUAUCAGAGGAUAAAGAGGCACAGCAGUUAGUUGAUCAGACAAUAAAAGCACUUAUUGGUGAACUAAAUAAAGAGUUGCAGGAAAUUCAGGAACUGAGGUAAACUCUUUGGGGAAAAAGAAGUACAUUUAUCUUUUAGAGUCUUCACUGGUUUACAUGCUGACUUAUUGAAAGGUGUCUAACAAAUAUUUCCCAUGUUGCAGUACUUCUGUUUAGUAAUAGAUCACAGAUAAUGAAAAAAUGUUCUGUAGAACUAAAGAGGCACUCUUGGCAUGGUGAGUGUGUCACUGAUGUUAUUAUCACAUUUUGACAUUUUCUGUAAUCUAUUACUGAAUAAACUUGUAACAUGAAACUUAAUUUGUGUUAUAUGAUAAAGCAGCAAAAAUGUUACUGGUGACAUCUUUAAUGCCUCUGUCCUCCAGUAGAUCAUUUAAACCCUUUAACUCCCAGAUGAAAAUUGUAAUUCUUCAUAUUGUCAACCAUACAAUUCUCAUAAUGUUGGUUCAGAGAAUUUAGGGUUGGAUCUACUAAUUAUCCCCAAAUGGAUAUUUUUCUCUGUUCUCAUCACUUAUCUGGUUGAUAGUGUAUUGAUAUUGUAAGGAGGAAUUCGGUCUUGGUCACUCAUGGGAGUUAAAGGGUUAAGUAAAUAUCAAUGCCAGUGUGAUAUAAUUCAGUUUAUUGUGUAAAGUGACAUAUCAUUCUGAACUUUUCUACACUUAGUUUUGAAAGUUGGUAGGUUUUGUGGUUCUAUUUAUAGCAAUAAUUUCUUCUUUCUACUGAACUUAAGGGGGCAUGAAAUAGCCUUAUAUGUAAGUGAUCUGAUUAACUUGUAAAUUCUCCUUUCAAAUAGUCUUGUAUUCCAUCUUACAACACCCAGGGCAGUUAGUAUUGCCUUUGAAAAAAAAAGUCACUCAAGAGGCUUAUUCCAAAUAAUUCUUCCACUUAAAUCAUUUUAUACAAUAGACAUAAUUGCCAUAAAGAAUUGGAUAAUAAACCCCACAACUUCUAUCAUAUCAUGGAGCCUUGUGCUUAUAGAUUUAUUAAAUAAAUUAAAAUGAGGUUAUAGUCAAAUACUUGGAAAUGUCUCAUGUUGUCUGUCAUGUUCUACAGGGACAAUUUGGUGAUAAAUUACAAAGGUCUGCAGGUUAGUUAUAUACGCCAAGUAUAGUUUUUUGUUAAGUUUCAGACUUCUUGUUGUUUAAUUGUUUGUUUGUUAUUUUUUUGCAAAUGUUUUUUCCAACAUUCUCCUAACACAGUUUAGUAGGAUAUGCUAUUGACCACAUGUAAUUUACUCAAUUUACAUAAAUAACAACGAUCAAAAUGUACAGUCCAUACCUCAGAACAAAAUAUUCUUAUAUGAUAUUAACCUACAACAGACUAAACUUUAAACAAAAACACGCCAGAGAAGGUAAAAAAUCUGAUCCUACUGACAUGCUGGCCACUGUUUAUCCUUCCAACCUACAAGAUGUGUCAGUGGUGUGUCAGUGACUUUGUUUGAGCCUUAUGUAUGUAAAGCAAUGCUGAGCCUUCCUUUUCCACACUUAUCUGUAACAUGUUCUUUGGAAAACUUUCACUCACGAUAUGAAAAUGAAUAAUUUCCUUUUGGCUGCCAUCUUGUUUGUCAUGUUUUUGGAACCCAGUCCCCUCUCAGUUACUUAUCCUGACUGAGCACAAGAUGAACAUUCCCUAUAUUUUUCCUAGAAGGAAAGACCUUGGUACUAAUAUUUUGUUCUCAAAAUGGUGCUGAUCUAGAUUUCUUUUCCCACAAGGUUGGUCUUGCUUCCAACAUUAACUAGUGUUUCAUCCUCAAAAUGGCAAUGAUUUAGAAUUCCUUUUCUUAUGUGGUUGAUCUUACCAAUGCUUUGGUAGUGUGUCGGCCAAUGCGUUGGUUGAUCUUACCCAUGCUUAACAUGCUAACUGCCUCAGUAUCUGACCCUUAAAAAAAAAAACAAAACAAAACAAAAAAACUAGGAGAAGACCUAGGUAUUGGUGUUUGGUUCUAAAAAUGGCGGUGAUUUAGAAUUAUAUUCCAAUGAGGUUGGUCUUAUGCAUUCAAUCUCACCAAUGCAUCAGUAGUGUGUCGGCUGACGCAUUACCUUUACCAACACCUCUAAAACACAAAUGAAAAUUUCAGAGACAAGAGGCAUACUGAAGUGAGAUUGAAAAUGGCAGUGUUUUUCUAUGCAGAUACAGUAUCGGCUUUUCCCAUUUUUUGUAGUGCAGAUAUUUAUAUAGUUUAGUUUUCAGCAUAGCUCAAUUUGCUUGGGUUGUCCUUCUAAGGGUCAAGAAACCCUUUUUUUUCAGACAUUUUAAUUAGAUAUUUGCAUUGUCGCUUCAGUAAAUAAGAACAUUAUUUUGAACAAAAUACUUAUUGACUCAUCAUUAAGGAAUUAGCUCCUUCAAAUAGUUUUUUAUAGUAGAGAAGGAAAUUAACUAGAAUAUAAAAAGUCAGUUGUGCAGAAAAUUAGUCACUAUGAAACAUGUCAAUAAGGGUUUUAUAAAAUUGGAAUGAAAUUUGGAAUACUCAUUAUUUUGAUAUAGCUCUUUCAGUGUUAUUCUGACUUAUUUGCUGAUUUAAAAUUAACAGACUGAUAUGGGUUCAUGGCUGCAAACCAAGCCUGACAUAAAGAAAGUCAUUGAAAUAAAAAGAAGUAUCAAAACCCUUCGUUCAAGACUGCGGCAUAGGCUGGCAGACAGGAAAGACUUGGAAGAGGUUGGUUUCACAGACAGCAAUAGUGCAUAGUUGAUCAGCUCAAGAAAAUGAAAUGAUUUUGCCUUGUGAAAUAUAUUGAUUUAUAGUUCACAGAUGAAGUAGAAUGGCACACAAGCCUCACACAGGUUUGUCAAUGACACAUGGCAGAAUGGAAUCUGUGGGCUUAUGCCAUGGGGAGAAAAGCUCUUCAAUAUUUCAUUUACAGCCAUUUGCCCCUAGUUAGGGUCUUUAAGGAUGCUCAUAAUUUUUUUCUUGUUGUCAUGUUUUUUGUCCUGAUACACAGCUCCUUUUGGCUUUGUUUGUUGCUUGUGAUUGCUUAAUUCAGAAUAAUCUUCAAAUAUUUUUGUACCUGUGCACUGUCAAACAAACAAACAUCUGUACUUUGAUAGAUUAUCAACAACAACCAAUCACAGAACAUUUAUCAUUCAGCCGUAUUUUAAAUUAAAUAUGUUAUUUUUUAAGGGAAGCAGGAAUUUAAUAAUGUUGUUUUGUCUGAGAGGGCAUCAAUAUUUCAACUUAAAUGAAAGUUGAAGGUUAAUAUCUCUCAGACUGCAAUUCUCUUUCAUCUGGCAUAGUGAUGACUCAUUUGAUACAUAGGUGGUGAGAAAUAAUUCACUGAAGUGUUAUUAAAGAGCAGAUUUUGGAUUGAAUUGUUUGUUUGGUGUGUAGGGAGAUGAGCCAGAAACUGCUGAAGAUCUCCAAAAGGUAGUUAUGAUUGAAUUUUUUUGUAGAAUUGUACAACACUUAGACUGUGUAUUCAUGGCUGAUGACGUUUCUUCGUAGGUGGAAAAAGACAUUUCUGAAAUUUAUUUAAAACUUCACCAAAGUUUUGAGGAUGAAAGUAAUUUUUUGGUAAGUAUGCAGGAUAUUGAAAAACUCCUUGUUUCUAUGGAUUUUUACCAGAAUGUCCUUCAAGGUUAAUAAAGUUGCUUUUUUAGUCUAUUACAUGUAGAAUUAGGGGGAAGUAUUUUAUGGCCGAGUUGUCAAAAGUCACCUAUGGGUUACUGCAGUGAUUACCAUUACAUUCUUUUGCAACCAGGCUCUGACUUGCUAAGGCAUAAUAUUAUUCAAGUCUCUAACACAUUGAUAAUCAGGAUAAUGGGAGGGAGAUGAGGAUGUAGGGUUGUCUCUUUGUACAUAAACUUGCAGAGAAUUAAUGGACAGCAUUUAUAGUCUAAGAGCAGUAAAAAAUUGGUGCAGUCAGGGUUGUAUAAUACACUUCUGAGACAGGAGACAAUCUUCAUUUGACCCACCAUUUACAUGGUUAUGAAGUUAAAUGCAGAAUUAAACUAAAUAAAUAAGGGUGCAGGAUAUCCAAAAAAACAAAACAUAAGGGCUUGUCAGAAUAGGAUUUCCCAAGUUCUUAUAUUUUACAUAGAAAUACCAUCAAUUAACCAGGUCGGUGAGGUACACAUACUUAUUCACUCACUCUCACUCUCACCCUCGGAUAUAUACACAAGCAUGCACACAGACACAAAUACUCACAAAAGAAAUACUUAUGGUUAUUGGCUACUGUAAAAAACUAUAAAUGAAUGGUGAUUCUGCAGUAUUGCUCCAUGCAUCUUAAUACUGCAUGAAGUUAAUGAUUGUGUAACUAAUUUACGUAGUGGUGCAUAUGUCCCUUAGUGGUUUAGCAGCAGUUUCCCUUUAUAGGCUGACCAUUUUUUGAGCUCCUUGUCAUAACAUUUUCAACUACAGUUUGGUCAAUGAGUACAAAAAUGAAUCUUUCUCUCAAAUUGUACUGACAAUAAGAAUGUUUUCCUUUGUUCUCAUGACAUUGAUGUUUGAUUCAGGUUGACUUAGUGUAAGAAAAAAAUAGUUCAUUGAGGGUGAAAGUGUUACCAGUAAUGAGUAAGAGACUAAUGCAGUAAUUUUUUUCUUCCUGACAGGCUGAUGUAGCCAAGGCUGCUUUACACCACUUUCCUGAACUCCCAAUUGCUCAUCCUGAACUGGGAAUAUCAGAAUAUCUGGUAAUUAGUGUUAUUUUUUUCAAUUGAAUCAUACUUUAUUCGCAAUCAACAGUGGAAACUGCAAUCAUAUGAGGUAUAUUUUGUCAAAUAUAAGACCAAUAUUUGAGAGCUCUUUUGUAUUAGUUUGUGAUAAGUGAGAUUCUUUGGUUUUUUAUCAUAAUAAUCAUAAAAAUGCAAUAGCACAGUUAACAAAAAUUAACCAAUAGCUGUGCCCUUAAAUAAAAAGCUAACUUUGAGAUUUAGAACCACUGACUUGCAGUUUUAUUGCAUGAAACUAGGAAUUACAAUGCCAUUUACAAGAGGGGAAGAAAAAACCAAAUGGACUGAAAUCCUCCAUAUCAAUCGCAAAUCACAAUUUUUUGUUUUGAAUCUUGUGAAACAAUUCACAUCUCUCUUGUGAUGUUGGGCACAUUGGUUUUGAUCUUCAUCUACAAAUGUUCAAAUGACACGGAUGAACACAGUGGUACAAUACACCAAAGAGUUUCCAACUAAACCUAACCCUGAAAAUGCAGACUGAUUUUGUUUUGAGUUUGUUGCAAAAAGUAAAAUUUUGAAAGUUGAGACUGAUGAUUGAUUUGAUUGAGUCUUUUUUUAAAUUAUCAGGCUUCUAAUGGACUGGUAAAACCAGGAAGAGAGUUAGAACAUUAUCCACACCAUGAUAGUGUACCAUCUGUUAGUCAUGAUAAGUGCUCUGUGAUCAAGACAGAAUUUGCUGGAAGACCUUGUAUAUUAAAGGUAAUUUGCACUCUUAUAGAUGGAAAGGAUUGCUCCUCAAUUAUCAUUCACAGUUCUUGGUUACGGCAAAUGCUCAGAUGAAUAAAUCCCAACUUCUCUUUGGGUUUUGACUGGAAACUAAUCACAUGUCUUUAUUUGGUAGGAGCUUAGUGUUGACAGAGAAGUGGGGGACAUAGAAACUCUGAAGAAAAAUGCUGUUCACUUCAGCAGUGUAAAGAACCCUUACCUUAUGCAACUGGAUGCUUUCUUUGCUAAGGUAAAAGUUGGCAUAGAGAACUGGGAAAUUCCUUUGUGGAACUUUGGAAUGAGAACAUUUAAACUGCGUGAAGUGCAUGAAAUAGUGUUGCCUAUUUUUGCAAUAGUGCUACCUAGUUGGUAUUCUUCAUUCUGAUGAUAAUCAUCCUCUUAGGAGUCAAACAAAAUUCAAAUUUUAAAUUUACACAUUUUACUUUAAAUUCAGGGAAAUGCAGUGAUAACAAACUGUUAUGAUGCCUUUUGUAUUCUUGAGAAAGUCACUGUUUAAGAAGUGCAUUUCAUUUUUGUAAUCUUUACCCUUUUAAUAUAAAAAUAAUCACAGCCGAGUAUGAUUCUCCCAAUAAUUAGCAUUAUUUACUGAUGGAAACUUCUGGUCAUGAUUACAUCAGUAACUAUUGUUAACAAAGGAACAAUGACUCGAAGUGACACAACCCUUUUAGGGUGCAUUUUGGGUGACUGUCUCAAGCAAAAGUUAGUCAUUACAGCAGCCAGUCAGAGCUGAGAACUAUAUUACAAGGAGCCUCUUUAAACUUGAAGUCAAAAGAAGCAGCAUUCAGUUUAUAGUCUUGGUUUAGACUAGUUUGUAGUGGAAGGUGACUAUUUUCUAAUACCUUCUCAUAGUGAAGUAAAGCAAGUCAUUUAAAUAUGCUUGAAUCUGAACCAUCCUUUGGAAAGUUCCCUCUCGUCUGGGGCUGUUUUGAUAUGGGAAGUCAAUUUGUGUUAGCAGUUCUUAUAUAUAAACUAGCUGUAAUAUUUUUUCUAUGACAGGGAAACAGGGCAUUUGUCCAAAUGCCUCUCUUGAUGAGUGCUGAAGAGUGGAUAGCUUUACAAGAGUGUUCACCUGAGGUAAACACAAAAUGUGUCAGUGCUAAAAGGGAGAUCACUCUCAAGUCAUGUAUUACCCCAGGAUAUAAAUACUUGUUAGGUGUCAGAAAGGUGGAAGGUUUACCUGAAGGGGCCAUUGUCAGAAGAGAAUGAAACAAAAAGCAUGUGAUACUCAAAGGACUGUCUAUCUUGAUCAGUGUUAUUUUUAACAGACAUGUUAUUGUCUCCUUGAGAGAAAAAAUGGCAUUGCUUAAUUUAAUUUUCAGUCUGAUAUAUAGAUGUUAUAUUGAUAUUGUAAAAGGACUCUAAGUUCAGUUCAGGAGUGAAGAAAAACUCUGCAUUUUAUAUGAGGUGAUUUCCAUGUAUUAUUAUCAUGAUAACAUAUAACUAGUACAGUAUUAUUUAUUAUGGCACUGUAUGUCUUGUGCAUUUGUACUUGCAGGGUAGUUCUAUGGUUCUGAGGGACAUACUUGAGGCUCUUAAUUCACUGCACUCACAAAACAUUUCCCAUGGUUGUAUACACCUCCAAAGUGUAUUUGUUGAGAAAAGGUCUGGAGAGUACAGAGGAGUCCUAGAUUUUUACCCAUUUAUUAAUACAGUAAGUAUUUACUUAUUAAUAUUGAUAUAUUUCACAGUUGAAAGCAUUAAAUUUUGUCUCAUGGUGACAACAUGCUAAUCAACCAAUUUGCAUGUAUUUGAUAAUUUUGUGGUGUAGAAUUUUAAAUAAAGAAUAGUCAACAAAACAGGGUUACAUACAAUCUUUCAUCUGUGACAUAAACACUAGCCCUGUGUAAUUGAAUAUAGGCUUUUGGUCUUUCAAAGUGAGAAAGCUAAGGGCAGUCAUUUUGUUUUGCACUAAGCUCUCGUGCCUUCCCUACCAAGUGUAGUGCAUGGUUGAGUUGUUCUCUCAUUAGAAAAAAGUGAUGUUGUUCAGAAAUUAGUGGGAGAAGAACAGUACAAAGAAAUGAGAGAAUUAUUCUCCACAUAUGAAUCAAAACAUGGUUAAUAUUGUCGGAAUCUAGCAGGAGAAUUGUGCACAUUAACCACAGAACUUUGUGCAACACCUAAUACCUAAGGAACAGUGUGUAUCUUGGUAUCAGGCUGGCUUGAUUUAAGAAGUGAUACACUCCCACAUGUACUUUUAAUAGUCACACCUUUAAGGCAAGGUUGCCAGGGAGUUUCUUGAUUUACUUAUUGUUUUAUUUCAUUAAAAAUUAUUUUUUUAAGCAAUCUAGCCCAUCACAAGAUAUGAAAUUAUUUGGAGAGUUAAUUGUGAAGGUUGGUUUAAAAUGUUGUGAGCAUUCUUUCUUAAUCUCCUGACAGCUUUAAAUGUUUUCCUCAAAAUCAAGAUGCUCACACAACAAAAUGUUGUUUCCUUUGUUAAGGAAGUUCAUUCGUUAAAAACCAUUUUAAUCUCUUUUUGAUAAGAUUUUGAAAGCAGCAACAAAUCUACUACAGAAAAAGUAGCCAGUGCCUUCAGCCUUUCAGUCAACCUUUCAAUGACCAUUCAGCCUGUUUCACUUAAGUUCUGCUUAUCAAUUCUCUGCACAGUGUGCUAACCUUUUCUUGUAAUUUUAUCUCAGAGAUUUUUGUUUUCCAUCAGAAAAUAUUCCUUAGUUGAUAUUUUUGUCUCCCUCUCAUUGAAAGUGUAUUCAUUCAUAUCAAGAGGAGAAAUUCCUUCUUGAUCACUCCUGGGAGUGACCUCAAAAUACAAUUAGGCCGCCUGUUGGUGUUAAAUUUUGUUUUGGUAUGAACAAGUAUAGUUUUCUAAGUUGAGUGAGCAAACUUAUAAAUUAAUUGGAGCACUUAUAUUGUCUUCAUUGCAGAUGAAUUUUCCCAAUAAGGAUUCCACAACAACAUUCUCUCAGUUGACUGAGGUUUGUAAAUAUUAAAGUAAACAUUAUUGUAGAAUCUUGAUUUUUAAUACUGACCUAAAAUGCCUUCUACAUCCCAUUAAUUCAUUGCAAUUUUAUCUUUUCAAAAUUUAAUGUAAUUCUUUCAUAGAUGCUUCACUUGAUUCCUCUGAUUGUGUUAGGUUUAUAGCAUUUUUUCAUUGCUCGGGCAUGAAAAUUUCUUGAUGAACCCCAAAACAUCCCACAAACAUGAGGUGCCAUCAGAGGUACUCCUUUAGAGCACUAAAGAUCUUUCUCCCAAACUUGGAUGAACUGCCCUAUUUUCCUGCAUGAUUUCCUGUCUUUUUAUGCAGUCUCCUUUGCAGCCACUUUUUGUUGUGGUCAUGCAACACUCUCUCUCCCUUACCAGAACAUUGGGUGUGUCAUGAAGAGAGGAGGAGUUUCCUGAGUGAUCAUGUGCUCUAUUUUGUGGCAGGAUGCAGAUCUGUUGGCUGUUCUUGGUGACUUGCUUGACACAGAUGAUUUUGACCGACUGACUGCUCAGCAAACCCUACAGCAUGCUUACUUUUGCAAGUGUGUUUGACCAAAAACAUCCCUUAAUGAAGGGGCUACAUAAGAUGUUUGUUGUAUAUCUGUGUUGCACGUGCAAUCAACAAAGCUUUGCUAUGGCUGUUGUUGUUGAUGUGGUACUUAUUGUUGUACCUUAUUCUUCAUUUAAAGUUGUUCAUGUUUUGAUUACCAAGAUGUAUUUUAGUCCGCCAUUUGUUUCUUAGGAGAAACUACGCAAUGGAGCCUGUCCACUCAAUUGAAACCAUUUUUCUAUCAACCCAUGUGGGAAAUAGGUAACUAACAGAUGUCACAAUAUUUUGAUACCCAUCUGGCUCUGGACAAAUUAUGCAUGUGAUACAUUGAAAACAAUUUCAGUUUGGUAAACUCAUGGUAAUUUAUUAGGUGGCAAGACAGCAGUGAAAGGAUCAGACCAAAAUAUUAAACACUUGUAUCUUCUCCCUAUAAUAUCUGAACACUAUCCAGCAAACAGGUAAUGAGAAUACUGAAACUUACCAAUAGAAGUUAUCUUGAUCUUUAAUCAAAUUCUCAUGACUUAUUUACAACUAAAUGUGUAGCAGCUUGAAGGGAGAAAUUACAAUCAGAUCUUGGGUGUUGAAGCGCUAUAAAGGAAAAGGACAGAAAUGCUUCCUCUUGACUAAUGAUCUCAUCAAUACUUGUCCUUUUGACACAUUUUAGUAUCUGUCAGCGAUUAACAUUCAGUGAAUUGAUAUUUACAUUCAUAGUGGUCAGAGGCCUUCUCUAACAAAUUAUAAAACUGCCAUUACAGUAGUUCUUGUUGCAUUGUGUUAACUGAUGUUAUGAUAAUAUAAUUCUGAGAUGUAUGUUUCUGUUUGCAAAGAUACUUCAAAAAAUAUUGAGAAAUCUAUCCCAAUUGAGAUAUUUAUUUUAUACUGUUACAGUUACCACAAGAUUUGUUUGAUAGGGAAUCUUUCAGACCAUCACAUUGUAUGACAAAUUAUUUUUUG